UCCCAGUUUCUCUGUUUCCCACUUGCGGAAACAUCGCUUCAAACAGACGCUGGAUGUGGUGGUCCUAGCAACGAAGACGCUGCCUAUCCCUGUCUUUUUUCGGAUAUAGUAGUCUUGAAUAGUCAAUUGUUUUCGACGGCAUUCAUGAAAUAGCCUGAAAUUCAGUGUGUGGAGAAAAAGAUGAUUUCGCCGUGGGACCGGUGGUACUCGACGAGCUGCUGCCUUUGCUGCCAUGUACGGACGGGCACCAUUAUUCUGGGAAUAUGGUAUAUGCUCAUCAAUGCAGUGGUCUUACUCAUCCUGCUGUCAGCGCUCAAUGACCCAGUUCAGUACCGCUACCACCUUACCAGCUCCGAGCUGGGAACUGACAUCGACGUCAUGGACGAUGCAAAUAUCUGCAUAGCAACUGCAAUAUCCCUACUCAUGAUUCUUAUAUGUGGCAUGGCAACAUAUGGUGCUUACAAGCAACAUGCUGCUUGGAUCAUCCCAUUCUUCUGCUACCAAAUCUUCGACUUUGCCCUUAAUACACUGGUAGCCAUUAGUGUGGUGGUUUAUCCCAACACGGUGCAGGACUACCUCCAGCAGCUGCCAGGGACAUUUCCUUACAAAGAGGACAUCAUGUCCACCAACAACAUGUGCCUAAUCUUUGCAGUUCUCCUCUUCAUUGGCUGCAUCUUGUCCUUCAAGGCCUACCUGAUUGGCUGUGUGUGGAACUGCUACAGAUAUGUGAGCGGCAGGGGCACCACCGAGGUCCUGGUUUAUGUCACCACAAACGACACCACAGUUCUGCUGCCACCAUAUGAAGAAGCUGUUGCCAUCCCACCGAAGGAGCCUCCUCCACAAUAUAUGGAGGCAUGAGAUAUGCCCUCGCUGUUGGAUUACAUAACCCAAUCCCCCGACCAUAUCUUCUUCCAACAGUAGGAGUCCAACGCUGGCUGCACCGUGUUGGAAAAACAAUGUCUUAGAUGCUGGUCCAGCUUGGAUUCCUGCCAACUUUAGAGUAAAUUAAGCUGACCUGAGCCAGUAUUACCAUUAAUUCUGCUCCCUUCUUCCACCACCCAGUUGUUGUAAUGUAUGCCCCUCUUCUCAUGCCCUUUGUCCUCUUCCAAGGACACCAUCGCAUCAGCUUUCAGACUCCACCCCCCACAGCCAUCACCACUUCCAGCCAACCCUCUGGGUAGCUGCUGUUCCUUGGAAGUAACUCCUGCACGCCUUGAUCACUCUGACCCGACUUAAUUAGCACUUUUCUUUGAUUGAAAAGUGAAAACGGUUUGGCCACCAACUGUUAACCCACAUUACUGUGAACCUCCUUUGCAGUGUUUUGUCUAGAAACCAACUACCUGAAUAGAGAUAAAGCAACAAGAAGGAAGGAAAUUUACAUUGUUAGUUAUACAAGAGCACUUUCAGAAAGUGACAAAUUUCCUUCAUUGAAUGUAAUCCCGGGGUAUUUUUGUAAGACUUUUUUGUAUAACAGUAAAACCUGAGCGAAAACACGUAUCAUAAAAGGCUCUCCUGUUCUUAUAAAAUAUCUUCUGCGUGCCGAUGUUGCUGGUCCUGCUGGGAAGUGUUUCGAUAAAAGUUUUAUGACUAGUAAUUACUCUGUCUUCCUUUUGUAUUCACAGUCCAUGAACCUGUAACCCGUCAACUGUGAAACCCACGUUCACACCAUUAAUUUGAUUCAUAGUAUUCCACUUUGCCUUCUUUGCCACUUCCUUUAUUUUUUCAAGCUCUAAAGAGUUUGUGAUAAUCCAGUGAAGCACUUAGCACAAACCUGACCCACUGCAGAUCCACAUUCAGAAAGGCAAUGCACAGAAAUGUGUGUGAAUAAUGAUAAAUGUGUGGAAAUGUUUCCGUUGAGACGUCUAUUUUGUGUUCCCGUUGAGUUUCGGCUGUAACAGCAUCGAUUGUGUCUUUACUUGUUUUUUGUUUGUACGUGGAUCAUGGUGUGUGAUCUGAUGUUUUUAGUUGAGUUAACUUAGCCGGGCUGAGGGCAUUUUCCUCUAUAUACUGCGUGACAUGCUGCUGCACAUGCAAAUUGUAUGUGGGUGUGCAUUUUUGUGUGCGCUUGCCUGCAUUGCAUUAUCAUGGAACUCCUAGGUCCUGUGUAUAUGGUAACAUUUUUUUCCCCCAUGCAGUGAUGAUAUGAUGAGAUGUUUUCUAUGCUGGUAAUUUUCUUGAAAUGAGAACCUUUGAUGGGAAUCUAAAGCAUUAGCACAAAAUCAUUAUACAUCAUAUGAAGCUAGUUAAAGAGUGCAAAUGCUUGUCCUUUGCCAAGAACUGUUUGGGCAAACAGUAGAGCAUUGAGACAGUAAAUAAUGUAUUUAAUCCAGUUACAUCAACUACAUUUUAUUAUUCAGUCUAUGCAACAAUGCAUUCACCAACUUGUUAGAGUUGCUUAAACAGUUGUGAUCAGGAGUUCACAUAGAAAAGAAUUGGGUGCACAAGUUUGAAUUCAUUUUGGAUUUUCUCUAAUCUACACAGAGUGGAAAGUAUGUAUACAGGCUCAAAUAUAUAAAUACAUAAAUGUCCCUUAGCAAGUUGCACCUCGACCAGAUGCUUUUGAAUUAUGCCAUCAACAAGUUUCUGGCAUACUUCUGGCUGGAUAUUUGACCACUCUCAUUGGCAGAAUUAGUAGAGUUCAUUUAAAUUGGUUGAUUUCCUGGCACAGACCCAGCUUUUAAACAUAGUCCACAAAUUUUCAAUACGGUUGAGGUCGGGGCUUUGGGAAGGCUAUUCCAGAUGCUUAUUGUUAGCCUGCUUCAUCCAUUCCAGAAACAGUUUUGAUGUGUGUUUGGGAUCACUGUCCCAUUGGAACAGCCAAGUUUCAACCAUGUAGCUGUUGAUUUGAAGUUGGAAGAAUUUUGAGGUAGUCCUUCUUCAUGAUUCCAUCCACUUUGUGCAGUUACCAGUAUCACUGGCAGCAUAUUAUGUAUGCUAUCAGUAUCAAGAAGUUAAUAGGCCUUGGUCUUGUCAAGUUAAGAGAUUGUCGAACCUUCAGCACCACCUAUUAAAACAUUUGAGUGUAUGUGUAUACUUGCCUGUAUGCAUACUUUCGACCCUGUUUGGAUCAGAGAAAAUCCAAAAUAAAUUCAAACUUGUGUAUCCAAUUCUAGUUUGCUUUAAGUGAUUAAAGAUGUAUGCUUUAGAAUCAUUCUUCUGACCACAACUGUACGUGUACAAUGAAGUAGUUUUGUUGGAUUUGAUACUAAUACUGUAGUCCAUAAUGUAGUCAUAUGUCGGCCCCUCUGUUUAUCAUCCUUGUCUGUGUGAAUUAUGACCGCUGCUUAUCCAACAAAGCUGAAAAUGAAAUUGCACUUUAAACUCAGUGUGGGCUCACUGAAAACUGAUGUAUUUGUGGGUUUUGUUCAUCUUUGUCAUAAAUCGUGUGAUCUGUCUGCAAAGCUGCAGAGCUGAACAUUGUCAUGAGACUGGAGAAUUUCUGCUGAGGUUUGCAGGAUUUAAGGCUUGCAGUGUCUGGACCAAGUGGACGGCCAAUGGCUCUUUUUUAUUAGUCACUUUGAGGCUGUUCUUUUCUCUCGUCUUGUUGGAUCUGCAUGAGCUCAUGUCUUCAAUUCUGAAUAAUAAAAAGCUUAAACAUCUA